AUGUCGGAUCAAACUAUUCUUUCCGAGAAGCAGCAAUUAGCACUGGAGCUGGAGAGGACUCAACCUCACAACGAUGACUUGGAGAGUCAGGAACCCACAUCACCACCUCCAGCACGACCAGUGUUUCUGCUGUUGUGGUUGCUGUUUGUCCUGGGCACAGUGGCGACAAUAGUCUCUUCAAACUGGUGCAGGCCAGAAUCUUUGAUCAAAGCCCAACACACACUACACAAGUCGACAAGCCCCGUGGCAACAAGCACAUCACUACCAACCUCGGCACCGACGAGCACAUGCGACAACCUCACGCUCCGCCGUGAAUGGCGAAGCAUGAAGCCCGUCGAGCAAGCACGUUACAGAAGCGCUGUACGCUGUCUCCUCGACCUGCCCUCCAAAAACGAAAAGACCGGCAGCAGACUCGGUGACUUCUUGUCCGCCUACAGUGUCUCUGGCUGGCACGCAACACAGACUACAGACUAUCUUCCUUGGAACCGCUUCUUCAUGCACACACUCGAGUCCGCUUUGCGCAACGAGUGCGCCUACAGNGGAGAUAUGCCAUAUCUCGACUGGACUGUUGCUGCUGCCUACACCGAGUCUUUGGGAGAAGCCACACCAGCCGAGUUAUCCUCAUCACAAGCCGCUUUCCGCGACGAAGCCGCAAAGCAACAUCUCGAUGCCGCGCUCGUAUCAGAGAUCAUGACUGCCGACACUUACGACGACUUUGCACACGUCCUCGAAGCUCGUAUUACCUCCUUGGCGCCCUUUGACUUUUCCAGCCCCGAGCUACCUCAAGGUAUGUCACUGUUUUCCCACUCGUAUCUCGCAGAUCAUUGA